AUGGUUCUUAGUAAAGCUUCGCAACGAAUACUCGUUGUAACAAAAGAUUUUAUGAAAUCAACUUCGUUACAUGGUUAUAGAUUUAUAAUUGAACGUCGAAGUUUAACCCAAAUGUUGUUUUGGCUUUUGAUAUGUAUUAUUGGCAUAGUAUUUUCAGUUUAUUUAGUUGCUAUGCAAUGGAUUCGAUUCCAAUCAAGCCCAACAACCAUGGAAAUUGAAACAUUAUCAUAUCCAACAUCAACGAUUCCGUUUCCAGCGAUGACUCUUUGUACAAAUUCAAUUUACGAUGAGAAUGUAAAUGUAUUGAGAAGUCAACUGGAAGAAAAAGGUUUUAAUUCGAGUAUCGUUGACAAGUUUUUCGGAUCGUUAUCAAAUCUAGUUACUCACACAAUUGGUGGUGAAAGUCUGUUUCCAGAUUACAUAAGAAUUAUGCAAAUAUUGAAUCGAAAUUUUAAAUUCGAAAUUGAAUCUUUAAUGAAAUAUGUUUUGAUUCAUCAAUGGUAUACAUUUCCAAGUCUGACAUUUACUGCAGCGACUGUACUACCUGGACAACAUCAGACGUUUCAAGUUACACCAGAAAUUGUUGAAAGUUCUUCAGAUGUUAGAUCAUUUACAAAAACACAACGAGGAUUAGAAUGUCGAAUUCAAGCAAUUAAUCGAUUAUGUCAAUGUCAUCCAUAUUAUUAUCCAAAAUUAAAAAUGUUCUUUAGUUUGAAAUCAAAGGAUUUCGCUAAACAUCAAGCAGAUGAUGUAUCAGGAAUAUCAUGUGAAUGUCUAGCAAGGUGUAAUAUAUAUUGGUAUAAUAUACGUAGUAUUGCUUCAGACAAAACUGACUAUAAAAAUAUUACACUCAAAUCACAUAACGGACCAAUGUAA